GGAUCUUGUCUAGGAAACGACUGAGAUGGUUAGACAUCGGGUUUAAAAGUGAUCUGUUAAUAUGGAUGCCGUGUCUCUCUGUGAUGAGCGCUGUGUGAUGAAUGAAUUAAAUCAGACCAAGGCAGAGGGACCUGCUCCAAGUGAGAUCCCGAAGGUGUCAUUGUGUCCCCCAGACAGUGAAGAUGCAGAGUCUCCAACGAAUGAAGUCCCCAUAGAGGGGGACCACAUAAACCAUCUGUUCACCCCACCUUCCUCCUCUCAACUGUACGACCAAGUGUUGCAGAGUCAUGCGUACCAGUCACCUCGCAUCAAGAGAUGCCAGUGCUGUGACCACCAGCAGCCAAUCACAGACAACAUCUGUAUGAAUCAAACAAAUGUCUCUUCUCAUUCAGACUACACGUGCAAUGCUGUCAAGACAGUCCACAGAUGCAGUCCCUUCCACCAGCCUAUAUGUCACAACACAAUGCAGUGUCCCUGGCUGCAAGGAUCACAUGAUGGCAAUAACUACAAGCCUGUUCAGCGUCAUGUGGUGACAGUCAGGACUGAGAGACUCCACCGGAUUCCAAAAAACUACUCCCAAGUCGUAGUGGAAUACCCAAUGACAGUUCUCAUCUCAUGUGCAGUCGUUCUACUUGCUCUCUCCGUAGCAGGGAUUUUGAUUGGUCCCCUGCCAGACUUUUCUGAUCCUUUAGAAGGAUUUGAGCCUCGUGGAACAGACAUCGGGAUUAGACUGGCAGCGUGGGCAAAGUUGCAGGAGAGUACUGGGCCUGGGAAAGCACUGUCUAUGAUAUCGCAGAAGUUUGUUGAUCAAAGUAUAGGAAGAGAGGUCAGCAGUAAAACCCAGCAGCACUUACAUCAUCGUUCAAGGAGAAUGCUACAUACAGACACUACUGAGAAUGCCUAUUUUUGCAAUGACCCAGGAGAUCGUUAUGCCCAGCUGGUAUUCCGCUCAGAAAAUUCUGAAAGUCUGUGGAGUCUGAAGGCAAUCUAUUCCAUGUGCGAGAUGGAGCAGACUCAGAUACGCUCAGACUCUCACUUCAAAGAACUUUGCCAGGUCAAAUCAGGGGCAUUUGGCACCAAGGGUAAGGGAGAGUGCUGUCCAAGCUGGUCCCUGGGGAACUUCCUGUCUCUCCUCAAUAAUGUCUCCUCAUGCUUCAGUCUUACAGCUCAGCAGGUAUCAGACAGUUUAGGCUUGCUCAGAUACUGCGCCCCUUACUACCAUGAUGGAAGCCUUGUUUCAUCAUGUGCGGAAAGAGGCAAAUAUGGCUCUUGUGCAUCUGUCCCACAUCCCUGCAAGCACUCCAGCAUCAUCUAUCAAAUUCUACAUUACCUGGUGGAUAAGGAUUUCCUAGGGCCGCAGACUGUUGAGUACCAGGUUCCAUCUCUAAAAUAUAGUGUCCUGUUUCUACCAAUGACGAAAGGAAAUGCAUUAAUGGAGAUUUAUCUGCAACAUCUGGAAGGUCGUGAGCUAACGUAUAACAAUACUACAAUAACAGGAAUGGACUUGGGGAUUAAGCAAACGCUUUUUAAAUAUUACCUCUCAAGAGACUCGGUCUACCCUAUUCUCACAGUUCUUGCACUGCUACUUACAAUGGCCUUGUAUCUUAAAUCAUUCCUUUUAUCAGCCAUGUCACUGGUUGCAGUCACAUUAUCACUUUUGACAUCUUAUUUUUUUUACAAAGUUGUAUUUGGCCUAUUGUUUUUUCCGCUUCUGAACCUCAUGGCAGUUCUCGUCCUUUUUGGAAGUUGUUCAAAUCAAGCCUUUACCUUUAACGACUUUUGGAAGUCACAACUGAGCCAUAAUCCUCCAGUUGCACUAGAAAAGAGAAUCCACCGCGUCUUACAGGAAAUAGGGUACUUGAUCUUAGUGUCUGGCUUGACAUCCAGCAUUACAUUCUACUCGGGCUACAUAAGUAGCAUUACAGUGGUGAGGUGUUUUGCAGUCUAUCUUGGUAGUGCGUCUUUAAUCAACACACUUUUUGCUCUCGUUUGGCUCCCCUGUUCUAUUGUUUUGCAAGAGCGACAUGCUGCAGGGGCUUCCAUCUCUGCUGCUAAGCCAUCGUGGAAGCCAUGUUGCUCAAAAAAUCCUGGGGGGUUUUGGGACACAAGUUCAAGGAAGCGGUGCCUUUUCACAAUGGGACAGAAAUUUCGGGGUCUAAAACGAGGAAUCUCAGACACAUCAAAUCUUAUUUUCCUUAAAGUUCUGCCCUGUGGUGUGGUUAAAUUUCGAUACAUAUGGAUCUGCUGGUUUGCAGCGCUGGCUGCUGGAGGAAUUUACAUCGCAUGUGUAGACCCUGGCAUGAAACUUCCAUCGUCAGAUAGUCGGGCAACUCAGCUGUUUCGCUCCAGUCAUCCAUUUGAAAGAUAUGAUGCAGAAUACCGCCACCAAUUCAUGUUUGAGAGAAUGAAACAAGGAGAGGAUGAGCCUAUGACUAUGACUUUAAUCUGGGGUGUCACCCCGGUCGGGGAUGCGGCUCAGUUCAAUCCAAGAAGCAAUGGCUCCUUUACCAUGGAUCCAGAAUUCAAUAUAAGUAGUUCUGAAGCUCAAGUGUGGUUGCGAAAGCUAUGUGGAAAAAUUAGAAACCAGAGUUUUUAUUCUUCACCACCAGCAGAUAAAGAAGCAAUAGAAGACAAUACAUGUUUUGUGGAAGACCUGAUUCACUGGGUUUCUAUUCGCCGUUGUUCUGAAAGUGAAGAUGCAUUUACUUACUGCUGCAACAAUAUUACGUUCCCCUACCCUGCCAGUGUUUUCGAGAGGUGUCUCAAAAUGAUGGUGGAAGAACAGACAAAAACACGCUCACCAAGAAACGCAGGUCUGCGUUUUGAUUUACAAAAUCGAAUUGCUGCACUUGUUGUGGUAUUCAAGACAUCGCAGCUUUACAGCUUUAAUUUCAACAAAACUUCAAAUUUCUAUAAACAAAUCACGUCUUGGUUCAAUAACGAGAUUUCUAGUGCUCCCCUUGGACUGCAGAAAGGGUGGUUCGUGAGCCAGUUAUUGCUGUUUGACCUCCAGCAAUGUCUGAGCUCAGAGACAUUAGUAGUGGCAGGCUUUUCUGUAGCCCUUACAUUUGCAUCGCUUCUGCUCACCACUUGGAAUAUACCAUUAAGCAUUUAUGUGACAUUUGCUGUUGGGGGGAGUGUUUUUGUUACUGUUGGCCUGCUUGUGCUUUUAGAAUGGCAGUUAAAUAGCGUGGAAGCACUGUUCAUUUCGGCUGCUGCAGGCCUCUCUGUUGACUUUGUGGUCAAUUACUGCAUUUCCUACUGCCUGGCCCCAAGCACCGACAGAUUGGGUAGGGUUGCAUAUUCUCUGAAAAAAAUGGGUUGUCCAGUAGCCACAGGUGCAGGAUCAUACUUCUGUGUUGGGAUUAUAAUGCUACCAGCAACAGCACUGCUUUUCAGGAAACUUGGGAUAUUUCUCCUUCUUGUGAAGUGUGUAGCAUGUGGUUUUGCCACUUUUUUCUUUCAGUCACUUUGUUGCUUCUUUGGUCCUGAGAAGAACUGCGGGAAACUAAUCAUACCAUGUGCAAAAGAGACAGCCACAGAAAAUGUACCACCUUCCUGUGCAGGUGUGGAAGCCGGAAACAACAAUCCAUCAGCUAACGGGACGUUCGGCUGCGGUACUGGCACGGGAUCACAAGGGAGAAGAAAUUGUAAUAAAGAAGCAGGUGGAGCACUUUUGUGCCCCGACCAGCACCGCCACAGGCAACAGCAUACAAGGUUAGGGAGGGAGCCAGAGCAGUAUGAGCUACAACCCCUUGCCUGUCAUUUAAGUGACAGCUUUGAAAACAGCACAUGCACUAGCAAGCUGUCUAACAGACCUUCUGUUCUUUCAGAUGACAUUGAGUUCUGUGGUCUCAGUCCAAAGCGAUAUUACGACAGGAUUAGCACUGAAUCUGUGGGUGAGGAAAUAUGCAGCAGGCACCUCAAGGGUUGUAACACUCCCCAAGCUGUCCAGACCUCAUCUCCUUACAAAGAAAGUAAAACACGACCUGUAGUAGUUCCUCCACGUGAUCCAGCAAAAAAAAAGCAUUUGUGCCAGAAAUGCCAUAGCGGACCUGGUAAUAAACUAUGGAACAUCUCCUUGUCGUCCUCUAGCUUGGAAGAUAUCACAGUCACAGAGACCACAAAUGAAAUGACUAAUAAAAGGUCACUCUCUAUGGAUGGGGCCUAUCGAUGUCAUGCACAUAAAAGACUGCUGUCUUGUCAGUCUCAGAGUUCCUUUGAGGGGCUUGAAGAUUCCAACGAAACUUGUUUGAGUGACAUUGAACCAGCAGUCUCUAUCGCUCCACCAACUGUGACUGAAAGAGAGCUGCGACCAGGUCACCUCAACGGCAAGAGAGAUACUUUGCGCCUGUCUCUAAGAGAAACAGUUUAUGACCCUGGCUCUCCAGGGUCUGGAAGGGGACGGGCCAGUCAAAGUGAUCUGCCUGUAAUAUUACCAAACAGUCAACCGGAUUUACCUGAUGUUUGGAUCAAGAGGGAUGGAAAGGGUGAGGAUAACAGUUGA